CGGUGUCGUCUGCGCAGUCGCCGAGCCUCGCAGACGGCAGUUAUGAGGUGGACUUCAGUGAGCAAGGAUGAGUGGCGUCUCUAGCGUUUCUGUGGCCUUGGUCUGUGCCACGAGAAAUGUGAGACAUGGAUUUGGCCAAGUGCCCCCAGGUGUGGUCCUCCGACAGCCAUGGCGCAGCAGCAGUGUGGUGACCUCGAGGCUGCCCUCUGAGCUCGCGGUGACCUGCUCCAGCGCCUAUGGUUCCCUCGCCGGGGGCUGGGUGACCCGAGGACCCGGCCAGCACCAUGGGCACUGCCAGAUCUCCAGGCCGGUGGUGGUCAUAUCGCCCGCCCUCCACGUGUCCUAUACGACCGUUCAAGUGCCAUGCUACAGGAACUUUCACACUGCCACGCGGGCGUUCGAGAAGGAGAACCUGAAGCCCUCGUCACAAGUGGAAGUGACCGUGAAGGACCUCAAGGAGAAGGCCAAGGCGGCCGGCUCUCCGUUGCAGGACAAAAAACUGCAGGUUGUGGAAAGAAAGUCCCUAGGUGUGCGAAUAAAAGAGGAGAUACUCCAUUAUUACCAUGGCUUCAGGUUGCUCUUCAUCGAUACCAAAAUCUGCUUCAAGUACGUUUGGCGGAUCGUCAACGGGGAGGUCCUGUCCAGAAGAGAACACAGACAGCUGGUGCGGACGACGAGCGACCUGUUCCGGCUGUUGCCCUUCUCCGUUUUUGUAAUUAUCCCUUUCAUGGAGCUCCUGCUUCCUGUGGCUCUGAAGCUCUUCCCCGGCAUGCUACCUUCCACCUUCGAGACUGCCAACGAAAAGGAAGCUAAAAUGAAGAAGAGACUGAAAGUGAAAUUAGAGAUGGCAAAGUUCCUGCAACAGACGCUUGACAACAUGGCAGUGCAAGCCAAAGGUCACCGGUCGGAAAGUGCAAGAGAGUUUGUGAUGUUUUUCGAAAAGAUACAGAAAACAGGAGAGAAUGUAAGUAAUGAAGAGAUUCUCAAAUUCAGCAAGUUGUUCCAAGACGAGAUCACUUUAGACUCGCUGUCCCGGCCGCAGCUUGUUGCUCUGUGCAAGCUCCUGGAGAUGCAACCCUUUGGCACAAACAAUUUCCUGCGAUUUCAGCUGAGAUUAAAACUCAGAAACUUGGCAGCUGACGACAGGAUUAUUCAGCAAGAAGGUGUAGAUUCCCUAGCUGUGUGGGAGCUCCAGCAGGCCUGCAGAGCCAGGGGGAUGAGGGCGUAUGGUUUGUCAGAAGAACGGCUGAGACUCCAACUCCACCAGUGGUUGGACUUGAGUCUCAAUGAAAAGGUUCCCCCGUCAUUACUCCUCCUGUCAAGAACGCUGUACCUGCCAGAGAACGUGCGCCCGUCAGACACCUUGGCAGCCACCAUCUCUACCCUGCCAGAAGAGGUUGCCACUCGCACCAAAGCCGCUAUUGGCAAGCGUGAGGGCAAGAUUGACAACCUGACGCGCCUGGAAGUGAUCCAAGUGGAAGAGAGGAAGAUUGCCGAGGAUAAGAAGGAAUUGGAGAGGCGCAGCGACAGGAGGAAGCAGUACAAAAAGCUGCCAAGGAAACGGAGGCAGAAAUUCUCCUUCCUGGUGCCGAUGUUUCUCAGUUGACUCCAUCAGCGAACAAAAUCUUGACUGAGGGAGUGCAGGUUGCGAAGGCCACCGUAUCUGCGUCAGGAGAAAUUGAAGCGGACAAAGAGAAACUCGUUGACAAAGCGCCAGUAUUGGAAGAUAAGGCUGAAGUGCUGACCGAGGAGGUACCCAAGUUGGCUGUGGAGGUUGCAGCAGCCAAGGAGCUAACAGAGCUGACGGCAGAGGACCUUCGUGAGGUAGAGGAGGCUCUGGAGACCCUGGGGGUGGAGAAGAACAGGCUCAUCAUCGAAGAGCAGGAACUCUCCGAGCUGAAGAGCGAGCUGGCAGACUACCAGGAGGACGUAGAGGACUUUAAGAAGGCCCUGAUUGGAGCUGGUCUGAACAAGAAGGAACUGCGAGAAAGCAAGGCAGCUCGAAGACUCUUCAUCCGUGUGAACAAGAUGAUCAGCAAGAUGGAGCCGUUGUUGGAUGGCGUGGGGAAGGAGAAGGCUCAGCGGCAGAAAAUUGUGGAUGCUGGCGAAGCCAAGGCGAAGGAUAAGGCUGAACUUGUGAACCUGGAAGAGCUGGCCCGUCACAUGACCUACAUCUGCCACGCUCCUGAUACCUCCAAGGUGGAGAUGAUCCGGGAUGUGUUGGCGAAAAUGGACUUUGACCAAGACGGAGCUGUGAAGGUGGAGCACGUGUUGCGAGUUAUGGAGCUCAUGGUGGAUGAGCAAGUGGGCGUCUCCCCGAAGCUGUUUGAGGAGGUGAUCGAGAUGGUUGCCAAAGAAGAGCAGCUGGAGACGGCCAAACUCAUCAAACACGCCCUGGAAUCUGCCAAGGUGAACUCCCAGGAGGAAGAACACUCCAAGAAAACGCACCCCAGAGUAAUGUUCAAGAUGCUUCUUCGGUUGAGAGUGAAUCGAAAGUAGUGGCCGAUGAAAUAGACUUGAAAGAUUACCAGGCCAACAAAGACUCAGUGAUCGAAUCUACAGACAAGACUGAAGCCAAGCAGCAGGCGAACAGAAGUCAAUGACAAAGAGAAAAGAAUGAGUAAUAUUGUUGACAAUUUAGUCACCUAACUACUCAUUACCCUUUUGUUUCAGGAAUCCAAUAGAUGUUUAUUUAUUUUUUACUUUUGUGUAGCUAUGAAUUAUCAGUCAGUCAGGUUUGAAGUAUCGCCCUCAUCCCAGUGAUAGACAGUGAGAUUUAAUGCAUGAGCAUUUGCUUCGCCUGAGAAUUUUUAAUACCUUCAGAGCAAAAGUUGUGAGCAGUUCCAUUGGCAAGAAAUUCACGCUGAAGGAUCCUUCUGUUUUGGAUUCAUUAUAAAUUUACUAGAGGUUUACAUAGAUUCAGAAGUUGAUUAGAUGAUGAGGUUUCUUACUCACUGAUUUUGUUAAAAGUAUAAUGGUUUAUGCAACCACCCAGAUAUCUUAAAGCUUAUUGUAAAUAGGGAACAAUACCGGCAGUACUUUUUUCUGGUACUUACUUCCAGUAUGGCAUUUUUUGUGUGCAGUAUAUUUUAACCUGUAAGUACUUCUGUAUAGGUCAACAUUUUUUUGUAAAUAACCAGAUUGUAUUUAUUAUUAUAUCAGCUUGUAUAUGUGCUGUGAUAUUUGCAAAGGUAUAUUGUUAUUUGAUUUUUGUUAGGGUGAAUGAAUGAUGAUGAUGUUGGAGAGAAUGUGUUAGGAGUUAGUCUGACAAGAGGAAGAAAUGUUGCAGUUUGGCACAUUCGGAGGAGGAACUUUACGAAGUCGUCAAAUAUUAUAUUUGUGAAUAAACACGAAGGGUUUACAGUAAUGAAAUCAAACAAAUGUUUACAAUGUUUCCUAUUGUUCCAUUAAGCAAUUGGUCUAUAAUUAGAAUAUUGUUAAAUGUUUAUCUGUUUAUGGUACAAUUUUGGUCAUAUUAGUUACUUAAAAUGGUGAAAUUAACCUGAUUAGGAUUCGGCAUUUGGAUUGUAAUAUAUGCAAAUAUUAAUGAAUCAAUGAAGAAAUGCAUUUCUGUUCUUUUAAUUAUUGACAUGUACUGUAUUAGACAAAUUACAGGUAUAUACAUCAAAGAACAUCACUAUUUAAUGAGGAAAAAAUAAAAAUAUUUUUUUUUUA